AUGCUACGAAAAGAUAUGUUGUUCGUUCGGUCCGGUGGCGCACAUAUGACACGGAGGAGUGCCGCCUUUGCAGCCGAAGAGGCGAAAUUGGAACGUUCAAGAUUCUCGAGUCCACGUGCCACACCAGCAAACUCCGAAGAUUCUGCACGAGAGAAACCUUCACGGGAGACCAGUGAGACCCCAAAAACUUCUCGUACUAAAGCAGCGGCAAGGGACUAA